GGCUCCCGGGAGCUAAGCGAGACGGCGACGGCGGCAGUCGUCCCUCCCCACGCGGGCGCGCGGGCAUGCGGACACCCACUCGGCCGGUCCAGGCCCUCAGGCUCCCGGAAGCGGAAGGGGAGAGCGGCCCGGCCUGGGCGGCGGCGCCGGAGGAGGCGGAGGUGGCGCGGCAGGAGGAGGGGAAAGAGCUGCUGGCGGUUGGGAGAGCGGCGGCAGCGAGAGGCGAGCCAGCGGGGACGAAUGAAGAACUUUUUUACUUGCUGCAGGAUUUUCAGCUUCAGCAAGCAGGCUUUGGUAUCAGGAUGAUGCUGGCCUCAUAAAAGGAGUUAAAGAGGAUUCCCUCUUUUUCUAUUGAUUGGAAUAGCUUCAGAAAGAAUGGUACCAGCUCCUCCUUGUACCUCUGGUAGAAUUCGGCUGUGAAUCCAUCUGGUCCUGGACUUUUUUUUGGUUGGUUCUCAUGGAGAACUGUUAUUGAAGAGAGAUCCAUUUGGUGGGAUAUAAUUUAAAAAAAUGAAUCAAAAGAAAAUCUCUAAAUGCAGAUGCCAGAAAAAUUACAGCACAUCUCAGUGAAUUUGCAAGUGGAUCAUCCUUCCUUGUGGGUUAGCAGGCAGUUAUAAGAUUGCAAAAUGGGUCUCCGGAUUCACUUUGUUGUUGACCCACAUGGUUGGUGCUGCAUGGGUUUGAUUGUCUUUGUUUGGUUAUACAAUAUUGUUUUAAUUCCCAAAAUUGUCCUCUUUCCUCACUAUGAAGAAGGACAUAUUCCAGGCAUAUUAAUAAUAAUAUUCUAUGGCAUUUCCAUAUUCUGUCUGGUUGCCUUAGUGAGGGCCUCCAUAACUGAUCCAGGAAGACUCCCUGAGAACCCCAAGAUCCCACAUGGAGAAAGGGAGUUCUGGGAAUUAUGUAACAAGUGUAAUUUGAUGAGACCAAAGCGUUCCCAUCACUGUAGCCGCUGCGGCCACUGUGUGAGGAGAAUGGAUCAUCACUGUCCAUGGAUUAACAAUUGUGUUGGUGAAGAUAAUCAUUGGCUCUUUCUGCAGUUGUGUUUCUACACUGAACUUCUUACUUGCUACGCACUGAUGUUUUCUUUCUGCCACUAUUACUAUUUUCUUCCACUGAAAAAGCGUAAUUUGGACCUCUUUGUUUUUAGACAUGAAUUGGCCAUAAUGAGACUAGCAGCCUUUAUGGGCAUUACUAUGUUAGUUGGAAUAACUGGACUCUUUUACACUCAACUAAUUGGCAUCAUCACAGAUACAACAUCUAUUGAAAAGAUGUCAAACUGUUGUGAAGAUAUAUCGAGGCCCCGAAAGCCAUGGCAGCAGACCUUCUCAGAAGUUUUUGGCACUCGUUGGAAGAUCCUGUGGUUCAUUCCUUUCAGGCAGAGGCAACCACUGCGAGUUCCUUACCACUUUGCCAAUCAUGUCUAAACAGAUGGAUGGUGGGCACAGAUGGGUCCUCCAUGCUGGAAAUGCGUUACAGGUUUUAUGAUAAUAGAACUAUGACAGUCUUCAAGUCAAUUAAAAUCCACCCACCAAUCUUAGGCAUCAUAAUGUGCCCCAGGCUUUAUUUUAAUAGUGAUCUUGAUCCUGUUGUGGGACUAAUACAAGAUCUAUAUUUAAGUUUUAAAGCAUGUUUACUUUCAAAUUAGCUUUCCACAGGGAUUUCUUGAAAUGCUUUUGUUAUUAAACUCAAAAGGCAGUGAUUAGGAUGAAAUAAUUGUACAUAAUUUAUUUUAGUACUGACAGUGUUACAGAUUCUAAUUUAUGGUAAAUUUCAGAUGUUUAUUUAAAAUUUUCACUUUUAAACAGUAACCAAAUCUAAAUUUAAUUAUUCAGGUUUUACAAAAGUUGAUACACCUUCUUAUAGUAUAGGUAAAUUUUCUUUUUCAAAUCCAAUUUAAAAUAACCUUUCCUUUUAAAUGUGCUGCAAUGUUUUUAAAAAUGCAGCAGCAUAGGAGUGAACAACAGCAACACAAAACGGGCAUUGGUUUCUUAGGAGUGGCUUGCUUACGUUUUCUUCUUUUUUCUUCACCAAAACCAACGUAAAAGUACCACUGAAGUAAAACACCAACUACCUACCUUACUAUAAAGGAAAUGUUAAAAUUUUUUUCACAAUAAUUUUUUCAAUUUUCGCUAUUACUGUUGUAAUUAUUGAUUGUGAUUAAAAUAUUUGUUCCCAGGAGAACUCCUCACCAGUGGGCAUGUAUUCCUAUUUUAUCCUAAGAUUUUAAUGAGCAAAAAGGGGAGAGAAUUUGCAAUAACUUCACAAUUACCUUUUCUAGUGCAGUUAUAUUAGAAUGCAUAUGUUUUUAAAAUGCUAGUAUAACUAGAUAGUAUAUAAUGUACAGUAUAAAGAGGAAUAUUGUGCUUUUGAAAAGAGUAUACUUUUUACUUUUAUUUAUGUACUAGUAGAUGUAAAAUUUCACAUUGAAGGUUUAUAUAUAUUGGCCAACUCAUAUAGAAAUUUUAUUUAUAGGAAGCUACUACUAAAAAAAGUCACUAACUUUGUGUACCUGUAAUCCCUAAAUUAAAAUUAAAUUUUAAUUGGCUGGCUGUAAUUUGCAUUGAGAGACCUUUUACUAGUAGCUAGUGUUAGGAAGUGAACCUAAAAUAAGAAAAUAUAAUGAUCUGUGUUUAUCAUUAGCCUUGUACAAAUGUAAAUUACUAAUAGUGAUGUUCCCUUGCAAGGCAUAGAACAUUUGUAUGAAAAGACAUUUACUAUGCUUUGAAAAAAACUCAGCUUUUAGUUUUUUUCCAUUAGAAUACUGCAAAACCCAUAUAUCUUUUUAAAAAAUUUAUGUACUCACAGUCUUUCCCUUGAAGAGAAGAUUGAAAAAGUCUACUGUUCAUAAACCAUGCUAACAUUUUCCUUUUAGCUAGUUUUGAAAGUAAGGAACAAUACCUGGGAAAUAAUUAAACAGAAGGUUACCAUUGUCAGCCAGUUGGCUAUACUGUGGUUAGUUCUUUCAGAAAUUGUAAAUAUCUUGUAGCAUAUUCUGAAAUAAUAGAGUAAGUUCUUCUCAGAGAUGUUAAUAUCAUGUUUUUCACGUUCUAAUUAGAAUACUUUAUUACUUACAAACUCAGAAAUACGAACAGAAAUACAGCAGACGAACAUAUUUAUUGGUACUGAAAAGAGACAUAGUAAAUUAAAUAGAAGAAAUAUAUUUAUAAAGCUUAGUGAAACACAAAAUUAGAAUGUUCAUGUCAGGCACAUGAGUUUGGAUUUUGUGCAAGCUAAUUUGGCCACAUUUGGCCUGGUGACAGAACUGUUCAUAAGGAAGUAAUAUAUAGAUAAGGUAGGUAGAUAUCAGUUGAAUGCCUUAUAUUGUGUACAUUCCUUUCAAAUAAAGACCUUGAGAAAACAGCAGAGCUAAGUGAAGAUCACCUAAAGAACUUUGUGGCUAAUUUAUACUUCAUGUAGUAGCAGUGGGUACUGGGCAGGGUUUCUUUCCCACUCUGAUGAUUUGUGCUCUUAUUUUUCCUAGAUUUACCUCUUCUAGGGCAUAUUCUUUUCCCUCUUCCUCUUUACCUUUCCUGGUCCUGAUCCCUCUGUACUCAGUUCCCCUAAAUUAUUGGACUACAAACUAAUAUACUAGAAAAGCAUACACUUAUUUUAUUUGAAUGCAGAAAUGCUAUCUAUCAGUAUAUAUACAUAAGAAUGUAUAUUACAGUAUAUCUAUAUAUACUUACACUGUAACUUUCAGUAUUCCCCAGUUAGCGUACCUAACCCUCCUGUGGGUUUUGUUAAUUCUUAUUAAACUACUAGAGAAAAACCAACUGGCAGUUUGCUAAGCAUAUCUACUGGUGUUGUUUCUGCGCCCUCUUUUGGCUAAUUGAUGUAAUUAUACUGGCUCUAAAGAUUUACUGCCCCAUAAGUAAAUAGUAUAGCCACAUUCUGAACAUAUCAAAAGUACAAACUUAGGAGGAGUGUAUGUACAAAAAUAUAAAAUUUUAUGAAAAUGAACAUGUUUUUAUGAUGUUAUUUCUAGUUCAUAAGAAUGUGAUGACUGCUUUGCUUCAUUUAUGUACGUUCCCAUUAUAUUCUUGCUGUCAAUCACAAAUUUAUAUCAGAUUAGGAUAAACUAAGCCAUUUUAUGUAUUUUAUUUUAAACCUUAUUUUGGCAGAGUAAUUCCUUAGAAUUGGAAAAGCUGUUACUUUGAAAUUACCAAUUUAUUACAAAACAUAGAAAUGUAUUGUAGCUACAAAGGCAACCAAGCAUUUUCUGUGUUUUAAUGAAUAUCUAAAAAACUACAUUUAGUUUAUUUUACUCAGUUUUGAAAUGAUUUUUUUACUGGCUCUAUUGCCUUAAAAUAACUAAGAGAUUAAUGAUUCUUUGUAUAAUUUUCCUUUUCUUUGUUUUUUUUUUUACAUUUUGCAGAGUUAUAUGUAUAGUUUUAGUAACAAUGUCUUACGUAUUCUGGAUAACUGAAAACAACUAAAGGUGUUGGGCAUUAGAAAAUAAUUGUGAGCAGUAAGAUUACUGAUGUAAUAUGUAUGUUGGACUGAAGUAUUUCUUUAUAAACAUUCUAUUUGAUUUUAAGCAAAAUGUAUGUUAAAGCAUGUUUUUACAUCAGUAAAGUCAUUUGUGGACCUUCUUGAAAUGAAAGGUUUUUACCUAGAUACUGUAAGUUACACCUCCUUAACAAUCAUAUUUGUCAUUGUUGUUUUCUGCAAACAAAAAUGUUUAUGGGCUUCAUGUAGGCUUAAGAUUGUAGGCAAAAAUGGAGUGAGUUCAGGACCCUUCAAGCAGUAGGCAUUCAGUUACAGAGCAGUUGGUACUUUGUAACCCAGACUUACAGUUAGCUGAUGUUUCAUUAUAAUAAAAAUACUAUUUUGCUUAAGAGUUGUAUUACAAAUAUUUGUGCUUAACAUUAGAAAUAGCUGUUUUAAAUUGUAGUUAACAUAUUAACUUUUUCAGAAAAAAAGCAUAGUUUAUUUUUAAUAAUGAAAUAGAGAACAUAAUACGUAAUGUUCAGUAUAACAGCUGAGUUAAAACAUCUGCCAGGAUUAACAUCAGUGCAUUUUUGCCAAUGCAUAGAGGCAUUUUUCUCUAAGUAUGAUGGCUAAUGUUAACUAUUCUUUGUUACACAUUCAAGUCACUCCCAUACAAGUAACUAGUUGGUGAUAUGUUUCACUCCAAAGGGUGUAUUAAUUCUGAAUGCUAAUCAUGAAGACUUAAGUUAGGACAACACUUCAAACCAGGAAGUGUGAACUGAUUUAGAUUAUAGCCACACGAUUUUCUGUGUGUUAGAUCAUGGGGUAGUUUGAGUGUUUUCACAUGUAUUGCUAUAAAAUCACAAUGUACCAAGCUCUGGUUUAAUAUGCCAUUAAUACUAAUUAAUAGAGCUGCUAGUCUCUCUCUGGACUUUUCUCUAGUCUCUGCUUCUCUUGCACUUCCUGUAUCAAUAGAUUACUUAGCUCAAGUUUACCAAGUUUAAUAACCUAUACUUACUUUAUUGAAUAAGUUUCUGACAUGACCUCUAAUAUACAUAGAUAUAUCUAGAAUUUAUUUGAUAAAAUUCACACAUACAAACAUUGAGUAGUUUGCUAAUAGAUACAAAUAUUAGAUUUUCACACAACUCUACUACUGCUUUAAAAAAUAUAAGUAUUGGUAAGUGUAGCAAAUAAGCCAUGUACAUUUAAUGUGUUCUACUUGCUAGUAUUAACUGUAUGAUUAAUGAAUGUGUUAUUUAAUGCCCAAGUUUGUUAACUUUUAUUCUAGAAAUCAUCCUCUGAAUUUAUUGUAAAUCACAAAUUUGAUUGUGCUCUAUAUUUAGUCAUUCUCAGUUGAAUUCUAGAAUAUUCCACAGUACAAUGUAAGAAAGUAUUAGAACCAACUUGCUUGAACUAUUUUGAACCAGUGUUGUAAUUCUAUAUGUUAAUCAGUAUUUAGCAUUUCUGCUACUUUUGAGAUGAUGAUGGUUUAACUUCAGGAAAGUGACUUUUCUGACUUCUUUUAUUAUCAUUGUGCAAUUUUUAACAACAAAACUCACUAUAUCUUUGUCAGUUCUUCAGAUGUUAGAAUACUGCCUGCUAAUUUGAAACAGAAAUAACAAUGGUAUUUAAAAAGUCAUUGAUAUUACUGAUACUUUCCAUUAUCAUUAUAUUUUUUACUAUUAUUAUGUUCUUUUUGCCUUGUCCACCCUAGAGAAUAGGUACAAAUGAGUAGUGAGUAUCCAAAAACUUACUAAGAUGGAAAGAAGGCUAGAUGGUGCAUGAAUAAUCAGCAUCUCAGCAACAGAGUUGACUGGAGCCAGUUUCUGACAUCAGAGAAUCUCUUUGCUGUAAUCAUUUUAGCCUUAUCUCUUAUUUAUACCAUUUUUAUGGGAAGAGUUGUUAGUGCAUAUAAGCAUUUAGUUUGAAUUAUUUAACUUAAAGAAUUUAUAUUGCGGUUUCUCUUCAGUUGGUCAGAUGCGUUUUAUAAAUAUUUUAGUUUUAAAUAUAAUUGUGUAGAGUAUGAUAAUGUGAAGUGUUAAAAAUAAUGUGGAAAACUCAGCUAUUUAAUGCAGAGGAGAAAUGAAUAGGUUGACCAAAGUUUGAAAAAACUGGCACCUUUUCUGGAAAUCUCUUAUUGCAAAGAAAAGAUACUGAGUGUAUAGAAAAUUUUGUCACCAGAGGAAAAAUAAACAAUAUAUAAGGGUGGCUUUCACUUUAACAUUUGGGAUAUUUUGGAGUUCUUGAUACCUCAAAGGUCUCCAUUUCAUAUCUGUAACAUGUAAUGUCGUUCUUAUAACAGUUCAACACUGAUUUUUUUGGUAUCGAUAGCUUUAUAUAUAAACAAAGAUGCGGACAAAAUAGCUUAACAGAAGUUGUGGGCUUUUUUGUGGCUUUGCCUGCCUGUUUGACUAAAUACAGGGUUUAAUUGUUUGCAGGCUAUUAACUAAAGGGAAAGCUUACCUGCGUAUUGCAAGCUAUAUAUUCUUGCCAGUAUACAUUGGAUGAUAUUUUAACCUACUGGUGCCUGAAGUUAGUGUUUUAUAACCUCAACAACUAUAAAACAUCCUGGUGCUAUUCACUUUAGCAUUGAGUGACAUUUUUAAUUCCUGUACCAAAGAGUUAAUUUUCUUUUUGGUUGACUGAGUUUUCUUCUCACAUCGUUGUGUAUUUAUAAAGUAGAAUUUAAUGUUACUAAGAACAGUUUGAUUAACAGAUCUUAUUUUUUGCAUGCUGCUGUGGCAAUUUAAUGGAUUUUAAAUGUUUCUCAUUUGGAUUUUUUUUUAGGUAGGCAUGUAUGGAUUUUAAUUUUGUAUUUUAAUAUGGCUUGGCUACUUUAAAAGGUAGUUUGAUAGGCUGAAAUUACAAAAGAUAAUUGAAGCACUUUUCACAAGUUGUUUUAUUUCUGCAACAAUGAAUAAAAAAGGUAAGAACUCUAAUUUAUAUAAAUGAACUAUAUAGCUUAUUGGGCACUUUAGUGAAUACUGAAACAAAAUACUAAAAUGAAGAGUUAAAGGUUCAUUCUCAUUACAAAUCAAGAGUUCAGCGUGUGUGUGUGUGUGUGUGUGUGUGUAAUCUUUAGUGGCUUUAAAGAAUAAUAUUGCCAUUUGUCUACUUUGCAAAUAAAGAUAACAGAACACCUUUAAAAUAUAUGUAUGUGUACAUAUGUGUGUGUAGAUAUAUAGAGAGAGAGAUACGGAGAGACAGACAGACAGAGAGAGAGACAGAGAGAGAGAUGCUUUCCCAAGAGGAAAUGCAUAUGUACCUUGAUUUAAGCAAAACUGAUAACAGAAAAUUGAACUUAAUGAAAGAAAAAAGUCUGGAUAUGGUUACUCACUUUACCUAGAGUAAGAUUUUUAAAACUAAUUUUGCUUAGUAGUUAAUUUUACAAAAAUGAAGAAAAACACCCUUUAAGUGUACUCGUAAUUUAAAACACCUUUGAAAUGUAAUUGUCCAAAUGUAAUGCUGCUAUGUAUAUUAUUUGGGUUCCAGAUUUUUCCCUUUAAAAUUCUCAAAACACUCAGUGUCCUUACAACUGCAGCUAAGAUGGUUAAUCAUUCUGGCAAGAAGGUGACAGUGUGUAUAUUGGAAAGGCAGACAUUCACAUUUGAAAAUAUUUUGCAUUAUUGUUAGCUAAAAUCAACCUCUCCUUGAACGUAGAUACAAUAUAUGGUUUUGCAGUCAAUUCUGAAUGGAAAAAAAGAAUCAAGUCUGAAAUUUAUGUGAAAUGUGGCUUCAGAUCAUUUGAACGAUAUGUAGAAAUCUAGAUGAACAUAUCAUUAGAGGUGAAAGCAAAAUUUGAAAGCCUAAUGAGAUGAAGCAACAUUAUCUCUCUCUAAUCUGCCAACAAUAUUCCCUAGAUUGUGUUGCCACUGUAUUGAUUCUGAGUAAUUUGGCUUGUUUAUGCGUGAUUUAAAUGCAUGUGGCUGAAUGCAGUAAUUUUUCAAGUUAUUGAGUAGUAGAGAAUUCACCACUAUUCACUGUCUCCCAGAGAUGAACAUAUAAAAGAAAAAAAUUCUACUUCAUAUAUGUAAGAAUAAAGCAACUAAAUGAUACGAAAGUAAAAACUUCCACCAGAAUCAGAGAUAUUCCGACAAGUGAAUUGUGAGUCUAACACAGGAGGACAAAGCUAGGCUCUUGCGAGGACAGAGCACACGUGGAUCAUGCUGUAUGAGCUCACUUUGUGUCCCUGGAAUUAGCGUUUUUUUUGUGUGUGAUCUAACUGGCAAGUUUAAUGAAUAGCCAAAAUCUAUGUUAUUCUUGAGGCUCCUAAAAUUAUGUGUGAACCCCAAGUUCUGUCUAGUAUUAUAUCCCUAAAAUGCUUUUAAUAGUGGUAUGUUACAAGUGGCAUAAGAAGAUCCUGUUUUUAAAUUUGUCAGGCAUUUUAUUAUUCAGUGCAUAAUAUGUAUAGAUCUGAGUGCUGUUUUCCUUGCAUUGUCUAUUAUUUUUACCUUGUCUUUCCCCUAAGAGAAUUUUAAGAAAAUCUUCACCAAUAUUUCUAGUGUUGAUGGUAAUUAGGAAAACAGUAGUUGAGAGAUAUAAGAAUAGAUUGAAAAGAGUGAGUAAAAUGGGUGAAAUGACAAGUGGGAACCAUGUAGCUGAGAUGUAUUUGUUUAGAUGAAAAGUCUACACUGGUUCUUAAUAUGAAAAUCAAACCAUGUAUCUACCUUAAGAACAAUGUUGUUGUUUUUAAUUUAUUGUAGCGAUUUAGUUUUUUUCACGUAAUAUUUCUAUUUUCUUUGCAGAUUGUUUUUAAUUUAAAUUGUGGAAUUUUUACUUCUCAAAAUGUAUUAACUACUGUAUUUUUUGAAAUCUUAUUUUUAAAUAAAUAUUUUUUAAAAACGUA